AUGGAGCGUGGGGGUCUGCCCGGUCAGGGGAGGGAUGAGAUACAACAAGCUGAACGGCAGCUCGUUCAAGCUCGCAAUCGGGCUCAGAUCGCCGAUGCGAUGCCGCGAGAGCCUGUGUUUGACCAGGACUGUCGUGCUGACGAUCAGGUGCACGAACACGCUGGUGUGGAAAUUGCCGCUGAGGAUGUGGGCAGCAUUGCCGCGCGAAAUCAGGGCCGUCACGAAGUGAUGAGCGAGGCGGAGGACGAUCAGUCGUCUGUUUUUCUCGAUGAGGAGGAGAUCACUGCGCAAAAUCAGGGCCGUCACGAAGUGAUGAGCGAGGCGGAGGACGAUUUGGACGACAUGCUCAAUGAUGAAGACCAUCUACAAAAGGUCGCGUUCAACAUGGAUGCGGUUGUGCCGUCAUCACCCGCCCCGAACAAUUACAUGUAA